AUUGCAGGCUCUGACUGGUCUUUCCUCCUCCAGUUUGUUCUGAAGAACUAUGGGGAGAACCCAGAGAGCUACAAUGAGGAACUGAAGAAGCUGGAGCUGCUCCGGCAGAACGCAGUAAAUGUGCCCCGGGACUUCGAGGGUUGCAGCAUCCUGCGAAAGUACUUUGGGCAGCUCCACUACCUGCAGAGCCGCAUCCCCAUGGGGGCUGAGCAGGAGGCGGCUGUGCCCAUCACCUGGACAGAGAUCUUCUCUGGCAAGACAGUUACUCAUGAAGAUAUCAAGUAUGAACAGGCAUGCAUCCUCUAUAAUCUUGGCGCGUUGCACUCCAUGCUGGGCGCCAUGGACAAGAGAGUGUCAGAGGAGGGCAUGAAGGUUUCCUGCACCCAUUUCCAGUGUGCGGCGGGGGCUUUCACCUACCUGCGGGAUCACUUCCCUCACUCCUACAGCGUGGACAUGAGUCACCAGAUCCUGAAUCUCAACAUCAACCUCAUGCUGGGCCAAGCUCAGGAGUGUCUCCUGGAAAAGUCUAUGCUGGACAACAGGAAGAGCUUCCUCGUGGCCAGGAUCAGUGCCCAGGUGGUAGACUACUACAAAGAGGCCUGCCGGGCACUGGAGAACUCCGAGACGGCCUCGCUGCUGGGAAAGAUCCAGAAGGACUGGAAGAAGCUAGUGCAGAUGAAGAUUUACUACUUCGCGGCCGUAGCUCAUUUGCAUAUGGGAAAACAGGCUGAGGAGCAGCAGAAGUUUGGAGAGCGAGUCGUCUACUUCCAGAGUGCUCUGGAUAAACUCAACGAAGCCAUCAAACUGGCAAAGGGUCAGCCAGAAACUGUCCAAGAAGCCCUGAGGUUUGCGAUGGACGUGAUCGGGGGGAAGUAUAACUCGGCCAAAAAAGACAAUGAUUUCAUCUACCAUGAAGCCGUCCCUGCUCUGGACACUCUGCAGUCUGUGAAAGGUGCCCCCCUGGUGAAGGCCCUACCUGUCAACCCCACUGAUCCUGCCGUCACGGGCCCAGAUAUCUUCGCCAAGCUGGUGCCCAUGGCUGCCCAUGAGGCCUCCUCUCUGUACAGUGAGGAGAAGGCUAAGCUGCUGCGAGAAGUGAUGGUGAAGAUUGAGGCCAAGAAUGAAGUGCUGGACCAGUUCAUGGACUCCCUGCAGCUGGACCCUGAGACAGUGGACAACCUGGAUAUGUACAGUCACAUCCCCCCGGUCCUGAUGGAGAAGUGCGCUGCGCUCAGCGUGCGCCCAGACACCGUGAAGAACCUGGUGCAGUCCAUGCAGGCACUCUCGGGAGUUUACACGGACGUGGAGGCCUCCCUGAAGGAGAUCCGUGACCUGCUGGAUGAGGACGAGGCGCAGGAGCAGAAACUGCAGGAGCUGCUGGGGAAGCCACCGGCACAGCAGGCAUCACCCCCUGCUCCGGCCCCCGCACUGGCUGAGGUGGGCAAGGAGUGGACCAAGUACAUGGAGGUGCACGAGAAGGCCAGUUUCACCAACACAGAGCUGCACAAGGCCAUGAACCUCCAUAUCGGCAACCUGCGCCUGCUGAGUGGGCCCCUGGAGCAGGUGCGGGCUGCCCUGCCUGCCCCUGCCCUCACUGAAGAUGACAACCUGGCGCUGCAGAACGUGAAGCGGAUCCUGUCCAAGGUGCAGGAGAUGAAGGACCAACGCACGUCCCUGGAGCAGCAGCUGCGGGAGAUGAUCCAGAAGGAUGACAUCACCACCUCCCUAGUUACCACGGACCGCUCCGAGAUGAAGAAACUCUUUGAGGAGCAGCUGAAGAAAUAUGACCAGAUCAAGGUGUACCUGGAGCAGAACCUGGCUGCCCAGGAGAACAUCCUGAAAGCCCUGACUGACGCCAACGUCAAGUAUGCAGCUGUGCGGAAGGUCCUCGCCGAGGUGGAGCACAAGUGGAACACCACUGUCCAGAUGCUGGUGGCAUCCUACGAGGCCUACGAAGACCUGAUGAAGAAGUGCCAGGAGGGGAAGGACUUCUACACUGACCUGGAGAGCAAAGCAGCCAAGCUCCUUGAGAAGGCCCGAGCAGCCUGCAAAGCAACGGAGCAGAACCGCCAACAGAUCCUGGAGAAGGAGAUGAAGAAGAAGCCCCCUCCGCGGCCCACAGCCCCCAAGCCCGCCUUGCAGAAGUCCUUGGAUCCGGAGGCAGUGGGUGGCCUGGAUGGGGCAGAGCUGCCGUCUCUGGGCUCCCUCACACUGGCUGACCUGCCUGAGGAGCUGCGCAGCUUGCCCCCAGAUGUGCUGGCCGCCCACUUCUCCCGCCUGCCCCCUGACACCGCAGCCGCCUUCGCUGCCAACCCUGCCCUGGGUGUCAGCCUCCGGGCCCCUGGCCCAGACGUUUUUGUGGGUCCUGGCCGCACAGCAAGUGCCCCCCUGCAGCCCCCUUUGGCUGGUCCACCGGGUGCCCCGUUUGUCCCUGGCCACUUCCCAGCCUCAACCCUGCUGCCCGGGCACUACCUCCCUGGAAGGGUGCCAGCCCCACCUGCCGGCAUGCCCAUGGGCUCGGUGCAGGGCCCUUUCCCCCCUGCCACAUACAGCGGGCCCCCAGGGCCACCCACCCCGCUCAUGCAGCCCUCGGCCUCGCAGCCAGCCCUGCCACGACGUGGAUCUGCACCCUCGCCCAGCCCGCAGCUCUACCCAGGGGCCACACUGGCACAAGGCAUAACACACUCCAGUGCUGCCCCCAUGCCCAUCCAGCCAACCUACGCCGGGCCUCAAGUGGCCCCCCAGAGAUCUUCUCCGCAGCACAUGCCCAUGGCGGUCUCUGGCCCCGCACCAGGGACCCCCGGUGCCACCUACGGCCUGGGGCAGCCUGUCUCCCCUGGCGGGGUCAUGCCUAGCGGUCUCCCUGCCGCUGUCCCAGUCAGACCCCCUGUCAUGGCACCCUCAGGCCCACUCCCAUUUAGCCAAGGCAGCAGGGACAUCCCACAGCAGCCACAGGGUGUGCGACCUGCCACCACCACCGUGGACAGCAUCCAGGCGCCCAUCUCCAGCUGCACGGCCCCCCAUGCCAUGGCUGGCCCAGUGCCGCCGCAGCAGCUGCCUCCUCAUGGCGGCUUCAUCCCACCGCAGAUGCCCACAGGCCCAGCCUCCCGGUUCCCGUACGCACAGGGGAGCGUCCAGCCCUUUGUGCCCCAGCCUCCCUUCCCCGCCGGGCAGCCGUCACAUGCUUUCCCCCCUCACGUCCAGCUCCCGCCCGGUGCCGAGAUGCCAGUCCGGCCCCAGCCGUUCCAGCCCCAGGCGCCCUUCCUGCCUCCAAGCCGGCCCCAAGCCCCACUCCCGCAGCAGCCCGUUUUCCCGCCUCGGGCCCGACCGCUCUCACAGGCCCCGAUGUUGCCCCAAGCGCAGUUCCCACCCCAGUUCUCCAGCCAGCCCAGUGUGCUGGCCCCCGGGCAGCCUGCCCUGCACAUGAGGACCCAGGUCUACCGGCUGCCGCCUCAGGACAAGCUGCCCCCACACUCUGGGAACAUCGCGUUCCCCCAUGGACCGCCCCAGCCCGGCCCUGCCGCCAUGCUGGCCCCGGGGCAGCAGCUCCACCCUCUGCCUGCCGUGCAGCCGGUGCCCGCGGGCUCUGCUGCACCGCUCGUCUCCGCCAUGCCCUUCUGCCCUCCUUCUUCUGCCCAGCAUCCGGGUACCCAGGCAGGCCCGAUGCCGCCGGGGCCCGUACCACUGGGCGGCCCCCAGCCUGCAUCCUCUAGUCAAUCCGGCCCCCACCACGUGGCCCCCGUGCCCAGCCCGGCACUGAGCCAGAUGCCGGGUGGGGUGGUGGUCGCAGGCCCGGCCAUGCCCUCCCCGGCACCGUCCCCUCAGCCUUCUCUGACCAUGGUACCACCAGCCGCAGCUGGCCCCGCCACCCUGCCACAGCGGCCCCCGCCCUCGCUCACCCCUGGCGCAGCUCCUGGCGAGGUGCAGUUCCACCGGCAGAGCUCCUCCACGGACGACCUCCUGUCGUCGAGCCCUGAGAGCCAGCACGGGGGCUCCCAGGCAGCAGUGAGCCAGCCGCUGCUGCAGCCCACCAAGGCGGAUGCCAAGGACGGCGCCAAGCCCAGGGCCGUGCAGCUCAUCGAGAACGACCCCUACGAGAAGCCUGAGCGCGUCCUGCGCCUACGAGCCGAGCUGGAGCGCUUCCGCGCCCUGGUAGCCGGGCUAGAGCAGCCCGUGGGCAGCAGCACCAGCGAGCUGGAUGCCAUCUGGAAGGACCUGCAGGAUGCCCAGGAGAGGGACGCCCGGCAGCUGUCCAUCGCCAUCGCCCGCUGCUACUCCAUGAAGAACCGGCACCAGGACAUCAUGCCCUACGACAGGAACCGCAUGGUCCUGCACUCUGGCAAGGACGACUACAUCAAUGCCAGCCGCAUCGAGGACCUCUCGCCCUACUGCCCUGCCAUCAUUGCCACCCAGGCCCCGCUGGUGGGCACUGCCGCUGACUUCUGGCUCAUGAUCUAUGAGCAAAAGGUGUCAGUUGUUGUCAUGCUGGUUUCUGAGCAGGAGAUUGAGAAGCAGAAGGUGGUGCGGUAUUUCCCGGCAGAGCGGGGCCAGCCCAUGGUGCAGGGGCCCAUCACCCUCACCCUGACCAGCCUCAAAGCUGCUCCCACACACGUGGAGAGGAUGAUCACACUCCAGUUCCGCGACCAGAGCCUCAAGCGCACCGUCAUCCACCUGCAGUUCACCUCCUGGCCCGAGCUGGGCCUGCCCGACAGCAAGGGGAACCUGCUGCGCUUCAUCCAGGAGGUGCACGGGCACUACCUGCACCAGCGUCCCCUGCACACACCUGUCGUUGUCCACUGCAGCUCGGGCGUGGGCCGCACGGGUGCCUUCUGCCUGCUGUACGCGGCCAUGCAGGAGGUGGAGGCUGGCAACGGCAUCCCAGACCUGGCCCAGCUCGUCCAGCGCAUGCGGCGGCAGAGGAAGCACAUGCUGCAGGAGAAGCUGCACCUGAAGUUCUGCUACGAGGCCGUCCUCAAGCACGCGGAGCAGGUGCUGCAGAGACACGGGGUGGCUGCGCCCACCGCCAGCAAGCCCCCCCAGCCCAGUGCCGCACACAAGCUCUACGUGCACCAGGACCCGCAAGACCUGGUGCUGGGCGGGGACAUGCCCAUCAGCUCCAUCCAGGCCACCAUUGCCAAGCUGAGCAUCAAGCCCUGUGCCCCCGGCCUUGAGCCUCCCACGCCCUGGCUGCUGCCCGAGCCGGCCCUCGCAGGCGACACUGGGACGGGCACGGUGCCCCCAGCCACCACUGCGGCAGCACCUCCCGGUCUUGGAGACGGUGCUGGCCCUGUCCCCGCCGAGCUGCCCCCCACGUCCGCCCCGGAGGUGGCACCUGAGGCAGAGAGCAGCAACCACGUGGAGGAGAGCCCAGGGCAGAGCCCCCCCGCAGAGCCCCCGGCUAGCACGGCGCCCUCGUCCUCGUCGCUGGAGCUGCUGGCCUCACUCACCCCUGAGGCCUUCUCGCUGGACAGCUCGCUGCGGGGUAAGCCCCGCGUCAGCAAGCAGAGCUUCCUGCAGCCCCACGACGGCGAGGGGCUGCGCGGCACCCGGCCCUCCGACGACCCUCUCAGCAUGCUUGACCCCCUCUGGACCCUCAACAGGGCCUGAGUGUGGCCAGGGGGGCCUCUGCCUCCGGCAAUGCCAAAGCCCUUGCCUGCCUCGAUCCCAGCAGCCUGCUGCAGUUGCUGGACGUAGGCAGAGCCCGGGACUUGGGGGCUUUGGAUGUACUCAGCACUACAGCGAUGCCCCUGGCUGCUCCCACCCGCUCAGUACGUCCGGCCUGGCCUGCUGGGAGCAGCCAGCCCAGACAUGUAAGGGGCCCGGGUUGAGCAGUGCCCUUUCCUCCCCAGCAGGAGAGGGGAGCGGGGCAGGCUGGGAGGGUCAUGUCCCAUCCUGUCUGAAGGCUCGGCUCUGGCUGCAGUCCAGGCUGCGCUGCCCCUGGCCCCCCGCUCACCGGCAGGAUCCCGGCGGCUGCCGCAGUUCUGCCUGGCUGAUGCCUCCAGGCAGGCGUCUGGCUCGGAGCUCCUUGCCCCUGCGCUGGAGACUGAGGGCAAUUGCACUUUACCUGGGGGCAGCCAGGCAUCCUGCUGAGCUCGCUGGGGUCCAUCUGGUGUGGAAGCCGGGGGCGGCAGGGCACAGCCUGGGCCUGCCCUCAGCUCUGGGGGGAGGCUGUCUUGGAGGGCACCAAGGACCCCCUCUGGCUGUGCGCAGCACUCCAGCUGCCUCCUGGCCCC